UUUACAAACUUUUUAAUAGGUGGAACAUAACGAACCUCACAAAAAAAUGCUCCUUCCUAUUACUCCCCAAUUCAUCCAAUAUUCACCUUCACACCAUCGUCGUCACCGGCCACAAUUACUCAUCAAGAACACCCUCAAAAAACCCACAACUAUCUUCCUAGCCACCGCGGCAUCAGCCGUAUUGAUACUAUCUAGCACCAUGGGUGGUGCAAUAGCCUUUGAGCCAAGAAACCCGCCUUCGGAUGCAGCAGAAACACUUUCAAACAUACCACAAAUGUUGUCUGGAGAUUGUGAACAAGGACUAGAUGGAGAUUGCAAGAAAGCUAGGAUACAAAAGCCGAAAUCAAGGAAAGCGGAAUCUUGUACUAUAAAGUGUGUGACUACUUGUAUACGUGGUGGAGAUGGGUCGCCUGGUGAAGGACCGAUAAAUGUACGAAAACCGUUGGUUGUUUUUAAACCAGGGUUUAGGAGUAGACAUUAUUGUUUGGUUGAGUGUUCAGAUAUUUGUAAUUUGAUUAAAGAUGGAGAUGAUGGUCCAUAAUAUGACUCUAAUGUAAUAUAUAGUCAUUUUUAUGAUUUA